AUGCAAAUGUCGCUUGGAUUUCUGUGCCUAUGUCAGCUUAUGCUGAUGGCUUCCAUGGCUUAUGGAAGUUCUCUUAAAGGUGAAGAGCAACUGGAGGCUCUCUUGGACACAGAGACCCAGCUUAUUGAUGAACUGAGGGAUUAUAUUGAGCGGCUAGAGUUACAGCUGGAGGAGAUCCGAAGGGAGACGGAGGCCAUUGCAGAGGUACACCGCCAGGUACACCCCGAUGGCGUGGAGGAGUACAUGGGCAAUCCCUUGAAUGUUCUCACCAUUCUGAAACGUUUUGAUAGUGUUUGGCCCAGACUAGAGCAAAUGGCAAAUGCCACAGAUCAACUUGGUGUGAAUGAGGAAUUCACCAAAAGAAACCUAGCCCUGCCCACCGAUGAGGAGUAUGAGGAAUCCCUAAGCCGCCUCCUCCACCUGCAAUCGGUCUAUGACUUAGAGCCCAGCAGUCUCUCGUUGGGUCUAGUCAAUGGCAUAAAGAUGGGCUCGGCAAUGUCCUGGGGCGACUGCCUGGAAGUGGCGCGCAAUUCAGAGUCCUCUGUGGCUAGAUUUUGGCUGGAAACAGCCAUGAACAAGCUGCCAUCGCCCACUGAAAACUCCACGGACUACACAAAGGAACGGGAAAAUGGUCGUGUCCAGAUUCUAGAAGAACAACUAAACAUGGAAUACAAAGCAGGUGAACUUACCCGGGCUCUGACAGCUGCCGAGGAGUUGCUGCUCCUGUUUCCGACGAACCAAAACGUUUUAAAAGCCAAGGCUAAGAUUGAGAAACGUCUGGCCAAGAAGGAUUUGCCCGCGGGAAAGACACAAAAGUCAAAGGAAAAGACGCAAAAAACUAAGUCUGCGGAACAGUUGCUCGUCGGGGAACUCUGCCGCGGGGCAACCCAAGCACCCACAAUAGGAAGUCGCUUCAGUCAGUGUCAUUUUGAAGGACGAACGCCAUGGACCCUCCUCCAGCCCGCCAGAUUGGAGCCCCUGAGCUCAGACCCUCAUGUGGUGCUAUAUCACAAUGUAAUGACCUUAAAGCAGACCGAUCAAUUGCUAGAGCUCACCGACGAGCAGAAGGAUAGCAGACCUGGUUACCAGCCUCUGGAGUUUUCUAAGCUGGCUCAGAAGAAGCUGAAAAGUAUUCUCCAUCACCUUGACGACAAGACGGGAGUCCAGAAGCCAGCGUGGGAGGCACGUCGUCAUAGCCACGAACAUACCACCUCCCGGUUGGAGGAUAAUCCGGGACAUGUGGCACGUGGCAUGCUGAAAUUGCAAGAGGCCGGAAUGGGAGGUGCCCUGGUUUUCCCCCAACUGGAACUCGGAGUGAAUAUCCCACGUGGUUCGGUGCUCUACUGGCGUACACGCACCUCCGACGUAUCUCCUCCGGAGUGGGACUACCGCAGUCAGCACGCUGUAUGUCCGGUGCUCCUGGGUUUUCAAGUUUCUGCAUGGACAGGACUCAGUUGACUCUGUCGGGGAAAUUGAUGCGAGAGUUUUCCACGAGGGCUUUCCACGAUGCGUGUUACGUACAUAUGUAUGCAUUAAUUGGCUGCGGGGGACUGAAAUAAAGUUGGCCUUGGCAUUUGAU